AUGUCUACUGUUAAUGUUGUGAAGUAUUUCUUCUACAGGGGCUUUGUCCCAAAGACUGAAGAACGAGCUCGCCAAUUAAUCACUUUGGCGUACCAAACGGCAAGAGAUCAGAAGCUUUACCCCAAGGAAAUUCUUAUCAGAUCUGAAAUCCAUAAGACUACUUCCAUCAACGGCGUCCACCAAGUAGAUCCUCUAGGGUACCACGUCACUCUCUGUUUUAAGGAUGACCAACAACUUCUCCGUGGUACCCACGUGUCAAGUCAUGGCUACGUGAAGGACCAGGAUCAUUUAGAAUUCAUUCAUGCGACUCAUACAGGAGAGAAGCGCGACGAUACGAAGAGACAGAGAGGGAAAAAGGAUGUGUGGCCAUCGGAAGAUGGGCUUGUUCUGGCGUCAGAAACGGGUUAUAGCCAUCUCUUACCAAAAUAAAUCCCCGAAGCAGGGC